UAAAACUGUAUUUUAAAUAAUACUAUUUUUCUAGUUUGCAGAUCCCGAGGCAAUCGAUACAUUUUUUAUCGAUAACAAUAACAGUACCGCAUAUGUUUUGGUUUGUGUGCAAUUAUUUUUUUUAAUUGACUCAAUAACUUACUUGUAUAGAACAAUGCUGCAACGCAUGACAAUUCAAGCCAAGGUGGAAAAUCCUCGCUAUGGUCAACUGAUAAUAGGACCACCUGGCUCUGGCAAGACGACUUACUGCGCCGAGGCAUACAAAUUCUACCGGGAACUGGGACGCCAAGUUGGCGUUGUCAAUUUGGAUCCGGCCAAUGAGAAUAUGUCCUACGAUCCGGUAAUCAACGUAAUGGAACUAAUCACUGUGGAGGAUUGCAUGGAGCACCUGCAGCUGGGACCCAACGGUGCUCUGAUGCAUUGUGCCGAAUACCUGGCCGAUCAUAUAGAUGAUUGGCUCUUGCCCAAACUGCGGCAAUUGGGUGCCACGCAUAAUUAUUUUCUCUUCGAUUGCCCUGGCCAGAUAGAGCUCUACACACAUCACACGGCCAUGGCCAGGGUGUUUGAGCGCUUGGAACAAGAACGUUACAGCCUGGUGACAGUGAAUCUCAUCGAUUCGCACUACUGCUCGGAGCCGGCCAAAUUUAUUGCCACACUCCUGAUGGCCCUCAAUACUAUGUUACGUAUGAGUCUGCCCCAUGUGAAUGUACUGUCCAAGGCAGACCUACUAAGGAAGCACGAAUCGAAGCUCCAUUUCAAUGUAGACUAUUACACAGAUGUGCUGGAUCUGAAGUACCUGCUGGACAAGUUGGACGAUGAUCCCGCUAUGCGUAAAUAUCAGAAACUAAAUGAAGCCAUCUGUUCGAUGGUAGAGGACUACGCUUUAGUAUCCUUUCAACUGCUCGAUGCCUUCAGUACGGACAGCAUGCUGAGAUUGAGGAAUCAUAUCGACAAGGCCAAUGGCUACGUGUAUAAAGCCGGAGAGGAGCAGACGGUGAAUUCAUUAUUGGCAUGUGCUGUCGGUGCUGAAACGGAGGCAGUACGUCAGCAACACGAUAUACAGCCGUAUGUGGAGUAGGCAUAGCCUGGCUGACUUAAUCCUGUGAUAAUUUAUUCACCUUAAUGUAAUAAUUUUAAUAAAACAAUAAAAAACCAUUCCCAAUUCAAA